CUGAAAAACAGCAGUACACGCCGCAUGGUAAGCCCACGCUACUGAAUAACUGCUGUUUGUUGAUCACAAAUUAUUGACCAAUGCAUGUAUGCUUAUUUCCACUUGAUCACUCUUCUGCGCUCCGUGAGUGGAAUGUAAGGGGGAUUCUACACAACGGGGCUUGUUCGUUGAAGCUUCAAAACCGAAAGUAAAAUGAAAGGCUACAGUACGAGACAAGAAGACUGAAAGCCAACAAGUCAACCAAAAUAUUGUGGCAUAUGGCGCAAACUCCGGUGGUUAACAAGCCAGAGUAAUGUGUGGGAAAGCCUGGACAUUAAUGAAUUUGUUAUCCGCAAUUUCAUUCAUAACAUAUGUUCAUCAUGGCCAAUGUGGUUGUAUGCCUCAAGAUAUCAAAGUACACUUGUAUGAUGAGUUGAUGGAAGACCAUUUGUUUGAAAUUAAAGUGUUCUCACCAUCCGUAACAAAUCUGGCAGAGCAACAGUUGAUGCUUCUUUCAGUGUUGAACACUCUAUGUUCGUCUUGGAAUAAAAAUAAGAAGAAAAAGGACAAAUUCAAAGUUGUAGAAAGUUUUGAAAUAAUGCUAUAUGAUAUAAUUCAAGAAGAAGAUAUUGAAAAGAUUUGUGCCGAUCACAGCUGUACAGGUGGUUACAAAACAAAUUAUGUGAACAAAACCAUCUUUGGUCAAAUGUACAAACAAUCUUGCAACGAAUCAUUAUCAGCUCUAAAAUGCCCAUCAAAAGAGAGGACAACAAGUUCAUCACCAAGAAUCCAGCAAACCAUCACUGUAUUUGAAUAUUUGUCAACCACUCCAUCAGCAAAAACCAUUCAUCAAACCAUAAAUUUGUCAACCACUCCAUCAGCAACUACCAUUCAACAAACCACGAAUCACCAAAUAAAAACACAGAUGCAGGAAAUGUUGAAGACUUUUAAAUCGUACAAUUGGAGCCUUGCUGUCUCUCUACUACUGAAUAUCCUUCUACUCAUUUGUGUGUGGUACCUGUACAAGAGUAAACAUCAGGGAAAUGUUUCACAGGAAAAUAAUACCACAGGGAUGGGACUCUUAGAGAUUUCAGAUGUCUGAUUUAGGUAAUACCAGCUUUUGUAGUUUUUCCAGAUAGGGAUACAAUGUUCAUUUGUACAGUGUCGAUAACAAGCUUUAACGGCAGCUUUCACAACUGUAUAUAACAUUAUGAAAUGCCUUUCUGUGCACAUACUGUAGCAUUCCAUAGCAGUAAUGUAGAAUGAAGACAUUAUUCUGAAAGAGUCUUUUCUUGUCAUUCUGAACUUCUUUUUUCCUGUUCUCCUUCCAUGAUGAUACCUAUAAUGCCAGUCUGAAACACAGUAAGCUGCUUAUAUUGUCUUUUGGGUAAUUUGUGUUGUCUUUAACAUAAAGUUUGUGAAUACAUGUAAUUUUCAUUUCCAUUUUCCCACAAGUCUACGGUUUUUGAGAAGGGUGAAUCUGGAUUGUUUCCAAACUUGUUCCAGUUCGUCACUGUCUGCACCUGCUUAUGGAAACUGAAGUCUUGUGGCGUUUUCUUCUAGAUUCUAGAUACAAGCUACCACAGAAUAUCUGUGUUAUCUUUGAAUCGGUCAUUGACAAUAUCAUUCACACUAAUGCAGCUUAUUAACACGCACAAACAAAUUCACCCAAGUGGUGUUAUUUUCAAUUUUGAAACUAGGUAUCAUGAAUUUCCCUUGUGCAUGAAUAAAACACUUGUUAUAUUAAGUUAUAUUCAGGGAAUUUUAAUUAAUCAAGUCUGUGUCGUGAUUAACCUGUAGUUAAACAUAAGGUUCAAUUAAAUAUGUGACCCUUUCACUGCUUGUGUGAAGAGACAGAAUUGCUAAUUUCUGUUUGGUUGUGCCAGGGAAAGGAAAGUAUACUCACAGAAAAAUACUGAUAUGUCAAAUGUAAUAUAUACUGCCUUUUUAAGCAGCCAUGUUUUUAUUCAAUGUAAUUUGUUAUAUGUGUUGUUAUAUUAUACUUAAUAAAAUCCAUGAUCCCGGUUCCGGGAUUUAAAAUUACGUCAGUAAUAAUCUACUUCCAAUUUUAAAUGUAUGCGGAGGAGUUAUGAGCUCAUAUCUGGUACCAUUUGAAGGCUUAGAAUGUCUACUUUCUUGAGAUAUGCAUCACUUUGGCAUUUGUUUUACACUAAGUAACUUAUUUACAAUAAAUUACAUAGUUC